CUCGAUCGCUUCUUCCGUCCAUGCACCCCUCGGCUCUCGAUUAGAGGGGAAAGUCCUUGUUGAAUUACAUCACUUGAUCUUUUUACAGCCCUUUCGUGCUCAAUAUCAAGAGCAUACCGCGUGAACGACCUUAAACUCCCUAUCUAUACCCCCACACCAGCAGACCCCUACUCUCAGCAUGGUGCGUCUGAGGGAGAUUCCCCGGACGGCCACAUUCGCUUGGUCUCCCGGGGCGGCAUCGCCAUUGAUUGCUACCGGGACGCGAGCUGGUGCCGUUGAUGCUGAUUUCUCGAAUGAAACAUGUCUAGAGCUUUGGGAUUUGGCCUUGGGCAACGAGGAUGCUGGCGCAGAGCUGCAGCCAGUAGCGAAGAUUGACACCGACUCUGGGUUCAACGACCUCGCUUGGACUGAUUCCGAAGACAACUCACGGGGAAUAAUUGCUGGUGGUCUCGAGAGCGGAUCCCUUGGUUUAUGGGACGCUGACAAGCUGCUAAGUGGUGCAAGUGACGCGGUAUUAUCAAAAAGCUCGAAGCACUCAGGGGCCAUCAAGGCCCUACAGUUCAACCCCAGGCAUUCGAGCCUACUAGCUACAGGAGGUGCCAAGGGAGAGCUGUACAUCUCUGAUCUCAAUGACCUCGAGAACCCCUACCGACUGGGAAGCUCUACCGCCCGCGCGGACGACAUUGAAUGUUUAGACUGGAAUAAGAAGGUGGCACAUAUUCUGGUUACUGGUAGCAGCGCAGGUUUUGUUACCGUGUGGGAUGUCAAGACGAGAAAAGAGAGCUUGACUCUCAACAACAUGGGACGGAAAGCUGUCAGCGCUGUUGCUUGGGAUCCCACAAAGCCUACGAAGCUCGUGACGGCAACACCACAUGAAUCAGACCCUAUAAUCAAUCUCUGGGAUCUGAGGAAUUCACAUGCGCCAGAGAGGACCCUCCGUGGACACGAGGCCGGUGUCUUAUCGCUUUCUUGGUGUAACCAAGACCCCGAUCUGCUUCUUUCUUCCGGCAAAGACAACCGCACAAUUUGCUGGAACCCCCAGACUGGGAUUUCGUACGGUGAAUUCCCUGUCGUUACAAACUGGACAUUCCAAACCCGAUGGAACCCUCGCAACCCCAACUUUUUCGCUACGGCUUCAUUUGACGGCAGGAUCUCGAUCCAGACUAUUCAGAACACCAGCACUGAAACUGCCAAGGCAGUCGCCGACCAGAACCAGGCUCUUGACGGGGAGGAUUUCUUCGCCAAAGCUCAGAGUCAGCCCCAGGUCUCGAGUUUCUCGCUGCCAAAGGCACCAAAAUGGCUGGAGCGACCUUGCAGUUCGACCUUUGGUUUUGGCGGCCGGGUGGUCUCUGUCAACUUACUCGAGAAAGGUGGGCGCGCUUCAAAGAUCAAGAUCACUCCUUUUGAGGUCGAUGAGGCAGUAGGAAAGUCCACUGAGACUUUCGAGUCCGCACUUAAGGAGGGUGAUCUCAAGAGCAUCUGCGAGAACAGGAUCACAAGCGCUGCUACCGAGGAAGAAAAGUCUGACUGGAGGGUAAUUGAUGCUUUGCUUUCUGAUAGUCCUCGAAAGGGCCUGGUGGAAUAUCUUGGUUUCAAUGACCAGGCAGAAGAUGUGUCCGAGGGAUUGGCCAAACUUGGGCUGAGCAAAGAAGAUGAAGUUAACGGGGAGGCGGCCCCGAAAGAGUCUCGCAGGCCGGGAGCAAGGAAACAUAAACGCCUGCAGUCAAUGUUUGACGCUAGUCCCGACGAUAACUUUCUAUCUGACCUUGCCGCAUCCAAGGGCGCGAAGACGAACAACCCCUUCCAGAUUUUCAAUGGUGAAGAGUCCGAAGCCGACAAGAACAUUACUAGGGCACUACUCUUGGGCGACUUCGAGAAAGCGCUUGACCACGCUCUCAAAGAGGACCGAAUGUCCGAUGCGUUCAUGAUUGCUAUUGUUGGUGGGCAGAAGUGCAUCGAAAAAGCGCAGGAGCACUACUUCUCCAAGCAGACGGAGAGCCCCAACUACGUACGCUUACUGGCUUCCGUCGUCGGCAAGAACCUUUGGGAUGUUGUAUACAAUGCUGAUCUGUCCAACUGGAAGGAGAUCAUGGUUGCUCUCUGCACAUUCGCUGACGAAAAGGACUUCGCCGAUCUCUGCGACGCCCUCGGUGACCGUCUCGAGGAACAAAUUCGAAACACUGGCGACAAAGCAAUUCGCAAAGACGCCUCGCUCUGCUACCUUGCCGGCUCAAAAUUGGAGAAGGUGGUCUCGAUCUGGAUUGAGGAACAGCGCGAGAAUGAGCAGGCGGCCAUCGAAACGGCUGCUGAAGAUUCCAGUUUCUCUAUUCACGUUCGCGCUCUUCAGUCAUUGAUCGAGAAAGUGACAAUCUUCCGUCAAGUCACGAAGUUCGAGGACUCUGAACGUACCAAGGAUUGCGACUGGAAGCUCAGCGUGCUCUACGACAAGUACAUUGAGUAUGCUGAUGUUGUUGCGACUCACGGACGUCUACAGGUUGCUCAGAAGUACCUCGAUCUUGUUCCCGAGAAACACCCUGAGGCGGAGAUUGCGAGAAACCGUAUCAAGCUAGCGAUGAGGCAGCCAACUACCAGAGCUCAACCCGCGACCUCUACUGCCAGGGUCGUUUCGAACAAGCCUCUUCCCCAGCCAGCUGCAUAUCAACCCCCUACAACUUUCUCCGCAGGGGCUCGGGCUGCCACCCCAACUUCAUACGCUCCUCCCGCUCCAGCUGCAAACCCCUAUGCUCCUCCUGCCGCUGCUUCGAAUCCUUAUGCUCCUCCUGUCGCUGCUUCGAAUCCUUAUGCUCCCACUGCCGCUGCUGCAAACCCUUAUGCGCCAUCGGCUGCGGCUCCCUCACAAUCCACAAAUCCCUACGCGCCAGCGGGUGGUAGUUAUGCCCCUGCCGCUGGGUACCAGCCCAGGCAACAAUCCUUCGGUGCUCCUCCUCCGUCGGUAGGCGGCGUGCCCCCUCCACCCCGUGCCUCGAGCCAAUCUCCGGCAACCGUCACCACAUACACUACCGCUAAGAAUCUGCCCGCAUGGAACGACUUGCCCGAAGGCUUUGCAAAGCAGCCCGUGUCGCGCCGAGGAACUCCCGCGUCCAGUGCACCCAUUUCCUCUCCGUUCCCCAACCAGUCGCCAGCCGUUAGUCAGGGCCCUCCCCCUGCAGGUGCUGGUCCUCAGCGGACACCGUCGGUUCCACCUCCACCUAAGGGCGUUCCUCCGCCUCCACGGAUGACUUCACCACCGUCAGCAGGCCAAGCCCCACCAAAUCCGCUCUCCGCCGUACCACCCCCACCCGCCAACCCCUAUGCUGCUGUGCCGCAGUCGCCAUCGGUUGGCUCAAUGGCACCGCCAGCGUCUAUCCCCCGUGGAUCAUCUCCUUAUAACGCGCCGCCGACUAUCCCUCCUCCGUCAAACCGGUACGCGCCGAGCCCGGCGGCCCAGGCGGCCAGCCCACAACUCCAGGCGCGAGCUCCUGUUCCUCCCCCUCCCCAGGCUGCUGCUUCUCCCUAUGCCCCUCCACCACCUGCACAGCCUCUAGCAGCCAACCCUUAUGCUCCCAGCACGCCGCCACCCAUGCAGCCGCCACUCCAGCAAGUACCACCGCCUCAGAGCGCGGGAUCUCGGCCAAGCACAGCCUCUUCUGUAAAGAAGGCCAGCCCUGCGCCUCCAAAAUACCCUCCCGGUGACCGCUCCCACAUCCCUGCCGAGGCACGGCCUAUCUUUGAGAUCCUCUCCGAGGACAUGCAGCGCGUCAAAUCUCGGGCCCCAUCCUCCUUCAAAGCUCAGGUCGAUGACGCAGAGCGGAGGCUAAACUUCCUCUUCGACCACCUCAACAAUGAAGACCUUCUCAAGCCCAAUACCGUUCAGGACAUGGUGCAGCUCGCCCGCGCCAUCCAGGCACGUGACUACGAGACGGCUCGUACAAUCCACAUUGAUAUCAUGACGAACAGGACUGAUGAGUGCGGUAACUGGAUGGUCGGUGUGAAGCGUCUCAUUAGCAUGAGUAAAGUGACUCCUUAGAUUAGUGAAUUAUACCAGUGCCAGUAUCCAUGCGUGAGGAAUGUAUUAGGGGCGGCUAUUCUUCGCAUUCUCUGGUAAAUGUAUUGAUGGGCAACUGGUGAAUAAUUGCCCGGAUCUUUUCUUUACAUAUCUACUUCACUUGUCAAUGUUAUAUUAAUGCUUCGCUUUUCUCGUUUUUCACUACAUGAUAUAAGCAGAAAUAAAUGGUUGGCUUGAUUAGUGGGGUGGACGCAGUGUGGUGGUCCAGGCUGCUAAGGUAUGAAUAUUUGAAA